UACCGCUCCCAGCAAGCUCCGCGGCGGGCGGCGCGGUUCCAGCCAAUCCGGGGAGGGCUUGUUGGUGGGUGCCAAGAUGGCGGGGCCCAGGGGCUGAAGGAGGUGCUGUUUGGCUGCUGGGUGCGAGGGCUGGAAGAACGGAAAGAUGAAGGUUGUCAAUCUAAAACAGGCCAUUCUCCAGGCCUGGAAAGAGCGGUGGAGCGAUUACCAGUGGGCCAUAAACAUGAAGAAAUUCUUCCCCAAAGGAGCCACGUGGGACAUACUUAAUUUGGCAGAAGCUCUCCUUGAACAGGCCAUGAUUGGCCCAUCACCCAACCCACUGAUCUUGUCCUACCUGAAAUAUGCAAUCAGUUCCCAGAUGGUGUCUUAUUCCACUGUCCUGACGGCCAUCAGUAAGUUCGAUGACUUCUCCCGAGAUCUCUGUGUCCAGUCCCUGCUGGAGAUCAUGGAUAUGUUUUGUGAUCGGCUCAGCUGCCAUGGCAAAGCGGAGGAGUGCAUUGGCCUAUGCCGGGCCCUGAUGAGCGCCCUCAACUGGAUGCUGCGCUGCGCGGCCUUCUAUACGGAGAAGUUCAAAGAGAUGCUGGACCAGCUGGCUGCUGAGAACCAGCUGAAGAUGUGCCUGGAGCGGCUGGAGAAGAUCCUGGGGAGCACCAAAAACCGGGCCCUGAUUCACAUUGGGAAGCUGGAAGAGACGUCUUCGUGGAGCGCCAUAGAGCAGUCGCUGAUCAAACUGGGGGAGAAUCUGAGCAGCCUCAGCAACCCCCAGCUGCGCAGCCAGGCGGACGAGUGCAUCUCCCUGAUCAAGAGCAUACCCACCAUGCUCUCGGCCCACUCCGAGCAGCUGAACAAAACCGGCUUCCCCACCGUGCACGCCGUGGUGCUGCUGGAAGGAACCAUGAACCUCACGGGAGAGACCCAGCCUCUCGUGGAACAGCUGAUGAUGGUGAAGCGGAUGCAGCGCAUUCCUUCCCCGCUCUUUGUGCUGGAGAUCUGGAAAGCCUGCUUCGUGGGCCUGAUAGAGUCCCCGGAGGGGACGGAGGAGCUGAAAUGGACGGCCUUCACCUUCCUUAAGAUCCCUCAGGUUCUGGUUAAACUAAAGAAAUAUCCCCAGGGAGAGAAGGAUUUCACCGAGGACGUGAAUUGUGCCUUUGAGUUCCUGCUGAAACUCACCCCUCUGCUGGACAAAGCUGAUCAGCGAUGCAACUGUGACUGUACCAGUCUGCUCCUGCAGGAGUGCAGCAAACAGGGACUGCUGGCUGAGGCCCACAUGACCAACCUGGUCGCCAAACGGACGGCUGACCGGGAGCAUGCGCCACGCUUGAAAUCGGCAGAGAAUGCCAACAUCCAGCCCAACCCGGGGCUCAUCCUGCGAGCCGAGCCCACUGUCACCAACAUCCUCAAGACCAUGGAUGCAGAUCACUCCAAAUCCCCCGAGGGGCUGCUAGGCGUCUUGGGCCACAUGCUGUCUGGGAAGAGCCUGGAUCUGCUGUUGGCAGCUGCAGCAGCGACAGGGAAGCUGAAAUCUUUUGCUCGGAAGUUCAUCAAGCUGAAUGAAUUUACCAAGCACAUCAGCGGAGAAGGCUCCAAAGCCGCCUCCGUCAGGGCCCUGCUGUUCGACAUUUCCUUCCUCAUGCUGUGCCACGUCGCCCAGACCUACGGCUCUGAGGUGAUCCUCUCCGAGUCCAGCCCCACUGGCGAGGUGCCGUUCUUCGAGACCUGGAUGCAGACCUGCAUGCCGGAGGAGGGGAAAAUCCUCAACCCAGAUCAUCCCUGCUUCCGGCCCGACUCCACCAAGGUGGAAUCACUGGUCGCUCUGCUGAACAGCUCCUCGGAAAUGAAGCUGGUGCAGAUGAAGUGGCACGAGGCAUGUCUGAGCAUCUCGGCAGCCAUCCUGGAGAUCCUCAAUGCCUGGGAGAACGGAGUGCUCACCUUCGAGUCGAUUCAGAAAAUCACGGAUAACAUCAAAGGGAAGGUGUGCAGCAUGGCCGUGUGCACCAUGGCCUGGCUAGUGGCCCACGUCCGCAUGCUGGGCUUGGACGAGCGAGACAAGUCGCUGCAGAUGAUCCGGCAGCUGGCCACGUCCCUGCAGAGCGAGAACACGCUGCAGUUCUACAACGAGCGCGUGGUGAUAAUGAGCUCCAUCCUGGAGCGCAUGUGCGCCGACGUCCUGCAGCAGACGGCGACACAGAUCCGGUUCCCCUCCACGGGGACGGACCCCAUCCCUUACUGGAACCUGCUGCCCCCUAAGAAGCCCAUCAAGGAGGUCCUGAUGGGCGUGUUCACCAAGGUGCUGGAGAAGGGCUGGGUCGACAGUCGCUCCAUUCACAUCUUCGACACGCUGCUGCACAUGGGGGGCGUCUACUGGUUCUGCAACAACCUGGUCAAGGAGCUGCUGAAGGAAACCCGCAAGGAGCACACGCUGCGGGCCGUGGAGCUCCUCUACGCCGUCUUCUGCUUGGACAUGCAGCAGCUGACGUUAUCCCUGCUGGGCCACAUCCUGCCCAGCCUGCUCACCGAUUCCUCCAAGUGGCACACCCUGAUGGACCCGCCUGGCAAGGCCCUUGCCAAGCUCUCUGUCUGGUGCGCCCUGAGCUCCUACUCCUCUCACAACAAGGGCCAGGCAUCAGCCAGGCAGAAGAAGAGGCACCGAGAGGACAUAGAGGAUUACAUUAGCCUGUUCCCACUGGACGACACCCAACCGUCCAAGCUCAUGCGCCUGCUGAGCUCCAACGAGGAGGAUGCCAAUGUUCUGUCCAGCCCUACAGAUCGUUCGCUGAGCAGUUCGCUGUCUGCCUCCCAGCUUCACACCGUCAGCAUGAGGGACCCUCUCAACAGAGUCCUCGCGAACCUCUUCCUGCUGAUCUCCUCUAUCCUGGGAGCCAAGACAGCCGGCACGCACACCCAGUUCGUCCAGUGGUUCAUGGAGGAGUGCGUGGACUGCUUGGAGCAGGGCAGCCGCGGGAGCAUCCUGCAGUUCAUGCCCUUCACGAUGGUGUCAGAGCUGGUGAAAGUGUCUACCCUGUCCAGUCCCAAAAUUGUCCUGGCCAUCACGGAUCUCAGCUUGCCCCUGGGCCGCCGGGUGGCUGCCAAGGCCAUUGCUGCUUUGUGAACACGGCUCCCCCUUCCGCGAUGCCGCGUGAGGGGAAGGCGGGACAGAAGCCGGGGGAGCUAGGAAAAGCGGAGAAUGGAUCGUCUCUGGCUGCAUGGAUCCUGCCUAUUCUCCGUGCCAGGGGGGCACCAUUGCAGUGAACCCUGAGUCUAGCAGUGCCUCGUUCCCAGGAACAGCCUGGGUGGCUGGAGAAGCAGCUUUCCCCAGCACUGGGCGUGUUAGAGGUACCAUGUGGGAUUGUGGUUCCCUAUCGUCGUCUGAUGCCGAACGCUGUUUGGCUGUUGAUCGGAUCUUUUUUCCUAAUGUUUUAAGACCUAGUUUUUUAUUCUCAUAAAGCCCAGGUGCUCGGUUCUUUCCUAAUAGCCUUUGUGCCAAGACGUGGUGUCUCGAGAGACUGAUGAUAUCCCUGUGGGCCCAGUAGCUGGUAUAUUUCUCCACUUGCUGUUGGGUCUGCGGAGUUGUGAUUGAGUCCUGGACUCCUGAUGAGCAAAACGUCCUGCACACGGGAACCAGAGCUGACGAAUGGCUACGGGGACCCCACGGCUGCUCAACACCUUCCUGCCUCCACCGCGGGCAGCUUUGUCCGCUUCACCCAUGGACCGGUGACCCUGAAACAAAUGUGUCAGGGGCCUUCAUCUCCAAACACCCAACUGAAAAGCAGCCACACGACAUCUUGUCUGUAGCAAAGGUGCUACCUGCUGCGAUUUACAGAUCCCAGGGGUUUCUGAAGUGGUAUUUUUAAAUCUAUAGGGGAUGCAGAACUGGUAUUGCUAGAUAAAAAAGGGGGGUGUUGUGGUGAUUUCUUCUGUAGCCUUCUCUGGCGCGAUCCUCUGCUGGUUUGGGAGUCUUCAAAGUCCAACUUCGCUGCCGCCGUGGCUCUGCAGACAAAACAUUGCAGCAGACAAUUCAUGCUUCCCUCCUGUUGUGAUUAGCUCCAUCGCGUAACAUCAUCCGCCCCUGUGCAUGGGUACAGCUCUGAACCAGGGCUCCUUGCUAGAUUUACCCUGUCUCCUAAGUUUUGCUAAAAUAAGCAGCUAGAACAGAUACGGCACCUCUGUCGCAGGGGGAAGAGGCGCCAGUUAGCGCUUGUGGAAGACAGCAAAUAGUACUGUGUCUUGGAGCCAGCUAGCUGCUGGGCCCGCUCUCCCCACGCCGCUCUGCCGAUGCCCCCCAGGUGCUGCCAAUCGAUCCAGAUAUCCCUGUGGCUCCACAGUACGUGCCCUCGCUGAGCCUGGGCAGAGAUGAACCAAACUCACUUCUGCCACGUGGCACAAGCUGAGUUCAAGUCCGCGGGCAUUGCUGGUUCAUCCCAUGUGAUGCCAGAAGGGGGAUUUCAGCACGGAAUUUGCCCUCGCGCCUUCGUAGGUUGAAACGCUUGUUCCCCUUCUGCCGGCCAGUGUAUUUCUGACACCCCGUAAGACGCCUGUCGUGUGCUAUGACUGACUUGUACCAUGGGCUUAAAUAAACCUACGAUAAACCCCAAGAGCAGAUCGCUUUCUGUGGCAUUUCUCUCCCGUCGCCAAGGAACUAGCGGUUCUGAGAUACAGUAAACCGAAGCGUGAGCGCACCUUACAACUUUCAAAUGCUCCUUCUUCCGCCGUUCAGCCUGGUGCUUUUCUCCCCCCUCCUAUAACGCAACCUUAUUGUGCUGCGGGGCUUGCCUGCUUUUUCCAGCUGUUCACGAAGCCAGCCUAAAACCUGCCCUUUCCCCUCUCCCGGUGGAAUGCAUCGCGACGGGAAAGCGGGGUAGAAUGAUUUAAUGCAAUCUUAAUGUAAGGGAGUCCAGAGCUUGCCUUCCCCAACCAGAGGAAACCAACAUUGCUUGCAAGAAGAAAGGAUUCUUACCCGUGCUGAAGUCUUGCCCUGCGUUCCAGCCCAGAGGCAGCAGCAUUAUCUCAAUCUGUAUCAUCUGUAAUUCCCUUUGGACUCUGUUUUGUAUAUUUUAUCCAUUCCUGAUGCUUUCAGAUCUGCGGUUCACGACUCUUCCAUAUAAGAUUGAUUUUAAAAAUAAAAAGACCUCUCUAAGGAGAGAACAAGAUCUGUGCAUAGAGGGAGGUAGAGCCCCCAAAACUGUCUACCUCUCCGAUGGAUACAAACAGACUUCCCCAUAGCUCUGACUAGUGCUUGGAAGCCAGAGCACCCUCUGAAACGUAAUGUGAGCCUGCCUGGGGAGCGCGCUUCUCAUAACACCGCAUGUCGUGCUGCUGGAAGGGCUGGGGUCAGGGUCCAGCCCACUCGCGGUAGCAGUCAGGGACGCUGGACUGAGCUAUCCUAGGAAACCCCUGUGAGUGAGUGAGUGUCACCGUGAUUGUAAGUUCCUUUUGUUACAGCACUCGCUGGGCAGGGCUGCCGUGAGAACAGAGCUUUGAUUCUGUGCAAGUCGUUUGCCUGGAGUAAAUAGCGCCUGCUCCUUUUGCUCGCCCAGCCCUGGGCCGCGUCGGACUGCGACGGUGCUGGGUUGCCUGGCGUAUUAGCUCCUCACCGACAGGCUGAGUGGGAGCCGUUGGCUUUGCGGAGUUUUGGCUGGUUUGUCUUUUCUUUGCUCGCGUGUUUUGCUCGAGACAGGAAAGUGCAAAGAAGGGUCGUUGAGGGGCUCCUUUGGCAUUAACUCUUGGCUCUCCCCGUCAGCAUCUCUGUAACUGGGCCCUUCCCCAUAAGUUCCCUGUGUCCCCAGGCUCUGAUCCAUCCCAGCUGCCCUUCUCCUGUGUGCCCUAGGUUCCAGUGCAAGGUGGAGCUUGCCAUGUGGCUAUCCCGACACGGCCGAUUCCAGCCCGUGGUGGUCGGCUGCGAGUGCAGCUGAUCCGGUGCAGACCCCUAGUACAGAUAGACACCAUUGACACCUGCUUGAAACUGGAGUGAGCUGCUGUGCCGAUUGUGCCAGUCCUUGUCCACGCCUAGUGGCUGCCCCAGUGCAAACGCUGCUGGCUGGGGGUGGGUCUCUUAGAUUCCCCUCUGGCCAAUUUCUACAAAUCUCUGCUGUGUUUACUGGCCCUUAACCCAGAAAUCCUGUCUUAUUGUGUCAGGCCGCAGAUCCUGGCUCUGAAACUGGCUAGCCACUGCCUGUUGAGUGGGGAGGUGAGAAGUUAGCACCUGGCUGGCUGGGCAGUGUUACCCAAGGGGGGGAAGGUUGACAGACUCCUCCUUGUUCUCGGCAGCCAUUUGCUGGUCAGACAGGUGGCAGAUUUUCAGCGAGAGCCUCUCCCUAUACAGGUGGCAGUUCUGGCACUCACCAGCAUUGUCACCUUUGGGAAGAGUAGCUAGGGGCUAGCUCAGGGCAUGACCUGACUCUUGUAAGCUCCCUUCCUAAUGAUCUCCACUCCCGCUCACAGCUGGCGCGAACCCGGCCAAAGACAUCAGUGCCAUGAGUGGAGUCUCUGAAUUCGUCCGUUUGCCUGGAUCUGUCAUUCUAGUUUGUCCUCAGCAGCUAUGGGGUUGUUGUCCAUAGUUGAGAAGAUGGACCCCUGCUCUGGAACCUGCUGUAGGGACCUUUCCAUGCAAAGCAAUGUCCAUGCAACAUGCCUGGAAAGCGGAUUCACCGCUAAGCAAUUCCAUUAAAAAGGAUGUAGAGAAAUUCCUGCCGGGAAACAUCCAUUGGGAUUCCUUGCUGAACACCCCAUGUGACUCACGCGCGGGUCUGAUUCAGGCAGUGAGCCAUUGCUGAGACAGCACAGCCUGGAACAGAACAUACCCCUGACGCAGCCCUGCAUGGGAAUUACAACUCCUAUCUCGGAAUCGGCCUCGCCAAGCAGAGAUUGCGGGGAGUGGGGACCAAGGGCUUCUCCCCAGCAGUUUGCUUUCGCCUCAGUCCCUGCUCUGUUCCACGCCUGCCACCCCUAGCAGCAAGCAGGCAGUG